ACCUCUUUUGUUAGUCGUCGAAAAGGUUGCAUUUGAUUAAUCAAUUUGACAGCAAUAAUAAAUGUUAUUUCCCGUUAUUUGUCAUAAGGAGUGCUCUCGAUAAUAAUAAUGGUGCAACUAAAGCAGGUCUCAAUGAGAUUAAAAUCAAUCCACAAUAUACAGAAGAUCACUAAAACAAUGAAGAUGGUAUCUGCCAGCAAAUUUACAAAAGCGGAACGUGAGUUGCAAUCAGCACGUGCAUUCGGCUACGGGCCUCGCAAGUUCUAUGUGUCAAGUCAACUGCAGAAGGAAGCUCUUGAUAAGGAUAAAAAGAAAGAAGCAGAACAAGAACCAGCUCAACCACCAGAUGUUAAGAAGGAAGAUGUCAAGAAAGCUCGCAUUAUUUAUGUAGCAGUAACUUCUGAUAGAGGUUUAUGCGGUGGUGUCCACUCGGGUAUAGCUCGCAUGAUUCGUCGCACGCUGGCAGAACGCAGCGCUGACGCCCCGCAUCAUAAGAUAGUCUGCAUAGGUGACAAGUCUCGGUCGUUGCUCAGGCUCGCGUACGGCGAAUUUAUCCUAGUCUCCGUUAAACAGAUUGGGCGCACAAGUCCUAUCUUUAAAGACGCGUCAACUGUAGCGACGGCGAUCACACAAUCCGGUUAUGCAUACGACACAGCUGAAAUAUACUACAACCAAUACUUCACGCCUGUUAAAUAUGUGACAACAAUUGUACCGGCAUUUAGCAAAAAGAAUAUUGAGUUGGCACCAAAAAUGACAUCAUUCGAUGACAUCGAAGAGGAUCAACUCGAAAGUUAUGCAGAGUGGACGCUCGCUGCCUUACUGUACUACGCGUUGAAACAAGGCGCCGCUUCCGAGCAAUCAUCUCGUAUGUCCGCUAUGGAUAAUGCUACGAAGAAUGCAAACGAAAUGAUUAGAAAGCUAUCGCUACUUUACAAUAGGACCCGACAGGCUGUUAUCACGAGAGAACUUAUUGAGAUUAUAUCAGGCGCUGCGGCACUUAAAUAAUAGAGGUUCGAAAAAUUAUUUUUUUCUGCAUUUUGUGGCUGGCAGGUUAAACUGGCAAUUGAUUUGGCACGUCCGGAAUAAGAAUACUCCUUUGUCGAAAGUGCCAAAUCAUGUCCCGUAUAAUAAACGGUGUGGGUAAUUAAUUUAAAAUUAAUUAAUUUCGUACUUUAAUAUGUUUACAAAAGUUGUUCUGUAUUUAAGAAGUAAUGUAAUACGAUUUUAAUUUGGUAAUAACAUUUAAAUAAAGGAUGAAUGAUGUAACUAUUAGAUUCUCAUUUAUUUUUAAAAUUCACAACUUAGCUUUAAACAUGUAUGAGAUUUGUAUGGUUACUAGUAACGAGUAAAAUUGCAUUGUUUUAACUUACCACUAAUAUUAAUUACCUUAUAUUGCAUGGAACAUUUUUAAAGAAAAUUCUUAC